AUGGCCUCAAACAACAUUAUCUACAUCACCACAGAAAACUCGGAGAUACCUACCGAGUUUGUGGAGUUGCACCAGAUCCACCUGGAGGCCAUCCCUUUGGAAUCUCCAGUGGCGAUAGAAACCAUUGCAUAUGAGGAUAUUGGUGGCAGUUGGGUCCACAGUGUCCACGCCAACCCACCUCUGGUUGCACUGCAGCCACUCUUUAUUAGCCAAGACCAAGGGGACCAUGGCGAGGAAAUGGUCGUGCUACAAACCCAGGAGGAGGUGGUGGGCUACUGCGAGUCAGGCAACCUGUCGGGUAACAACUUCCAGGAGCAGCAAAUGGGCGUCCAGGUCGAGGACGAAGACGUCUGCUUCCAGCAGGCUCUCGCUUCUCUUGAAGCCUCCGCGUCAUCAUCGACCUGGAGACACAGCAAGAAGCGCAGCCGCAACAAGAAGCGCAGCCACAAGCGCAGCGACAAGCCCAGCAACGCACCGAGCGACAUGCCCAGCAGCGGUAAGCAGAGCUCCACCAGCAGCGCGGCUGCGGCGGGGGCGGCGGGCGGCUGCAGGAAGUGGGAGCAGAAGGAGGUGCUGAUCAAAACCCUGGAGGGCCAGUUCUCGGUCACCAUGUGGUCCCCACGUGAUGAAGGAGACCAGGAGACUGAAGGACCGGUUGAGGAGGACUCACCUCCUGAUUAUUCAGAGUACCUGACGGGAAAAAAACUUCCUCCUGAAGGAAUACCGGGUAUCGACCUAUCAGAUCCCAAACAGCUGGCAGAAUUUACUAAAACGAGGCCCAAAAAACCCAAAGAUGAUGUUCCAAGAACAGUAGCUUGCCUUUAUACAGGCUGCGGAAAGAUGUUCAAGGAUAUCAGUGCUAUGAGAAAGCAUCUGAACACCCACGGUCCGAGAGCCCACGUAUGUGCAGAGUGUGGCAAAGGCUUUGUUGAAAGUUCGAAACUAAAACGGCAUCAACUGGUGCAUUCUGGAGAGAAGCCCUUUCAGUGCACGUUUGAAGGCUGCGGGAAAUGCUUUUCCCUGGAUUUCAAUUUGCGUACACAUGUACGAAUCCAUACCGGCGACAAGCCCUACGUGUGCCCCUUCGAAGGUUGUGAUAGGAAGUUUGCUCAGUCUACUAACCUGAAAUCUCAUAUCUUCACGCAUGCUAAGAACAAAGAUAGUCAGUGA